ACUCUCGUUUUAAAGUGAAUUCAUGUCGCUGACAACACGACAAGAGGGAUGAAGAGGAGGAGUUUGAGGGAGUCACGGCAUAUCUGAGUGACCAUCGUCAAAGCCGACCUCCUGGUGCACGUCCCCCAUCUGUCCAUGUUUAGUGCUUGUUCACGAGGGGGUGUGCACUUCCAGAGGAAAGAUCUGCCUGACUUUAACCACCGUACACUCGGACCUUUUCGAUCGCAGGAUGUUGAGGAUCCAGACUUGGCUCCUGCUCCUGGUUCUCUGUGUCGGAGGCUCAGCGGCCUGGUUUUGGUUCUCUGAGCCAGAGCUCACCACAGAGCCCCCGACAGGAGCCACCCCAACACCUAAUGGCACAAAGAGGGUGGAAGAGGAGGAUGACAACUUGUCAGGGGUUGGAGAAGAGAUUCUCAGCGUGGCCACUGGAAUCCGUAAGUUGGUCGAGGCGUGGGACACCACCGCCAGCCCCCGGACUACUAAUGGAUCCCUGAAGAUGGAGAGCGCAAGCUCUAACAUGACGGGUAAUAAUGACGAGGUCAGGGCGGGGAAGGUUGAGGAAGGGUCUGGGGUUUGGGAAGGGGAUGCGUCCGGAUCAGGAUCAGGAUCAGGAUCAGGAUCAGGGUCCAGGCAAGAUCUUGGGUCUGGGCUAGACUCAGAUUUUGAGGGCGGCAACAUCCAGCCAAGUAACGUAACCAGCAUAACAGACGGCAACAAUGACACUCUGGAUGCUGCGUCUGAUCCACUUUGUCUCCCCGUGCCCUCUGAUUGGCCCAUGUGCUCCAGAAAGCGCCCACAGUUUUUCACGCUACCCAAUUUUUUCAACCACUCAUCUGUGGAGCAGGUGGGGGCGGCCCUGCAGGAGUGGCGGCGGCUGGCCACGGUGGGCUGUCACCACAGCACAGAGUGGUUUGUGUGCCUCCUGCUGGUGCCCAGAUGCCCCUCCAACGCCAGCACGCCCCUGCGCCUGCCCUGUCGCAGCUUCUGCCAUGAAGUGCAGGACAGCUGCUGGGUGUCGAUGAAAAGCGGGCAGCUUCCCGUGGAUUGUGGCCUCCUUCCUAAGGAGGCGCAGGACCCCGGCCGCCCUCCGUGCGUGUCUGUUAGUAACUGGAAAGAGCAAAGCAGUUUGUCUCUACUGCAGCUAAUCGGAGAACCGCCGCCCGAUGAGAUCCGACGUGUCAGCGGGCCAAGUGGCACCCCAACCUAUGUCUUCACCUCUGCAGCUGUGGCGGGCCAGCCGGCUCUGGCCCACGUGCCCAACCCGUUCUACCGCCAUUUCUCCCUCCUCUUCCACGUCAAGCCGUCCACUCCCACUGCCUCCGUCCUCUUCGCCAUCACCGACGGGCCGCAGAGGCUCAUGCACGUUGCCGUCAAGCUCAGUGCGGUAGAGUCGGGCCGGCAGAGGGUGCAGUUCUUCUACACCGAGCCCGAUUCGGAGGCGUCCUACGAGGCGGCGAGCUUCGAGGUGCCGAGCCUGGUGGACAAAUGGACUCGUUUCUCUCUCUCACUCUUUGAGGAGCAGGUGACCUUCUACCAGGGAUGCGAGUCGGCACCGCGGGUGGUCAAGUUUGAGCGCUCACCGGACCCCAUGGAGCUUGACCCAGCGGCCGGGAUCUUUGUCGCUCAGGCUGGAGGAGCUGACUCUGACAAGUUCCAGGGUGAGAUUGCGGAGCUCACGGUGGUGGGAAACUCUCACGCAGCCGAGCGGUUGUGCGAUGACUCGGACGACGACUCGGACGCCGCCUCUGGUGACUUUGGCAGCGGUGAAGGCGGCAGGAGGCAACCGGACGUCUCAGUGAAAACCACACCUGCAUCGUUCAGGCCAGUGCCGGAGCCGCCAUUGAUAGCCUCCAAAGGAGGCAGAUUGAAGGAAACUGGUUUAAGUGGCGCCAGAGGAGAAAAAGGUGACAGAGGACAGAAAGGCACCCGAGGGGACAGAGGCCCCACGGGGCCAAAGGGAGACCCUGGUUCAGGAUUCUCCACACAAGCUGGAGGUGGCGGGCAGAAGGGAGAAAAGGGAGAUAAGGGUAGUACUGACUUUGGAACGAAAGGCGAGCGUGGGGAUCAGGGCCCCCCAGGGCCUCCUGGGCCUCCAGGACGUGCUGCCGAGGUAGUCCACAUUGGGGAUGGUUCUUUUGUGCAGCCUGUGGCCGGACCCCCAGGACCUCCAGGGAGAGAUGGGUUGCCAGGUCCAGCGGGAGAUGAUGGAGGCCCUGGUGAUCCGGGAGAGGAUGGAGAAAGUGGUCCUCCAGGGCCGCCAGGUUUCCCAGGAACUCCAGGAAGUCCCGGUGCUAAAGGCCAAAAGGGUGAGCGAGGCGAAGGACAACCUGGACCCAGAGGUCCCCCAGGACCUCCUGGACCAGGAAGUGGUAGUCGCCCGACAUUUGUUGACAUGGAGGGCUCAGGAUUCCCAGAGUGGGAGAAGAUCCGGGAACUUCGUGGUCCUCCAGGACCCCCAGGCCCUCCUGGCCCACCUGGGGUUCCCGGUACAUCAGUUGCACUGGGCUCAAAUGGUGCCGUGGCCUUUGGACCUCCUGGACCACCUGGAAAGGAUGGAGUCUCAGGUCUACCAGGGCCUCCUGGGCUUCCUGGUCUGCCGGGUCAACCUGGACUCAGAGGAGAAAAGGGUGACAGUGGUGAGCUUAGCCUUCGGGGAGCAGCUGGAGAGAAGGGUUCUCGUGGUGACCCUGGACUGCCAGGAACUCCAGGACAAACUGGGCUGGCUGGGCUUCCGGGUCCCGUGGGACCGAGCGGGCCUCCAGGACCACCUGGUCCUCCCGGACCACCAUACUCCUUUGGCUUUGAUGACCGGGAUGGCUUUGAGAGGACCAGCAGCUUUCCGGGCGCCAGUGGCCCACCGGGACCACAGGGUUCUCCGGGUAUUGCAGGUCUACCGGGCAGACCAGGUUUACCAGGAAGCAAUGGCGACAAAGGAGCAGAGGGACCUAGAGGCCCACCAGGAAUCCCAGGUCUGGACGGGUUUCCAGGACAGACAGGGCAUAAGGGGGAUAGAGGAGAGAAGGGAGAACAAGGGCUUCCAGGGCGUGAUGGUGGGCCACGUGGACCUCCAGGGCCUCCGGGACCUCCAGGCCGAAUCAUAUACCCGACAGACAGUGAUUAUAAUCACCUUUAUUGGAGUGAAGGCUUGCAGACGGGGGCAGGAAUUCCGGGCCGAGCUGGAUUCCCAGGACCCAUGGGACCAAAGGGGGAAAGGGGGGACACCGGCCCUCCAGGUUUUGCCCCUAAGGGUGAGAAAGGAGAGCCUGGUAUCAUCAUGGGUCCCGAUGGGCAGCCUCUGUACCUGGGGGGCUUGGCAGGAAAAACAGGCGAUAUUGGACUUCCUGGCCCAGUUGGACCUCCAGGCGCUUACGGUCCUCCUGGCCAAAAAGGAGAAAUCGGCUUUCCAGGUCGACCAGGUCGACCAGGACUGAACGGCAUCAAUGGGCAAAAGGGAGAGUCGGGGAGUGGGUCUGGAUACCAUGGUCCCCCAGGUCCACCGGGCCCACCUGGUCCACCUGGACCACCAUCCAGAGGAUUUGAAGACUAUUCCAGGUAUUAUCCAGCUGCUAAAGGAGAGAAAGGUGACCCUGGAACGCCAGGUAUGCCCAGCCUACCAGGUGUCGGGUCAAACUUGGACAUUUACGCUUUGAAGCAUGAGUUGAAAGGUGAAACAGGAGAUCUAGGCUUGAAAGGAGAGAAAGGAGAACCAGGCGGAGGAUAUUAUGACCCACGAUAUGCCGGAAGUGGCGCACCGGGAGUCCCUGGACCUCCGGGCCCGCAAGGGGACUCCAUUGUCGGCCCUCCAGGUCCCCAGGGGCCACCCGGUCUGCCAGGAAGAGGCUAUGAUGGACAACCUGGACCACCAGGGCCACCUGGGCCUCCAGGACCUUCCUUCCCUGGGCCUCACAGGGGCACACAAACCAUCAGUAUUCCUGGACCACCUGGACCACCUGGAAUACCUGGAUUACCAGGACACUCUUCAGGGGUGACCGUGUUGCAGUCGUAUGACAUCAUGACAGCCACAGCGAGAAGACAACCCGAGGGCUCGCUGGUUUACGUCAUCGAACAAACAGAUCUUUACCUACGAGUCAGAGACGGGGUUCGGCAAGUCCACCUUGGGGGCUACAUUCCCCUGCCACGUGACGACGGCAAUGAGGUUGCAGCAGUGGAGCCCCCACCAGUUGUUCCGUAUUCCCCACACCACCACUCCAAUGACUCCCACAGGCAUCCGGAGAGUCCAGUCCCAGUUAACCCAGACCGUUCUUCCCAGCCUGACCCGCACCGGUCCAGCCAGCUGUACCCUCCAUACCAAACAAACCCUGAUGGCCGAGACCCAAACCUUCCUUAUCCCGGAUACCAUCCUGACACUCGAUACCCAUCUCAGCCGGAUCCACGAUACCCAGCCCCAACAGACCCCAGAUACCCCAGUUACACAGAACGGGUGAACCACCCAGAUGGUCGUUAUCCGGUCCAUUCAUCUCAUGACCGCCCACCAUACUAUGCCGUCACCCCUCAGCGAAGGCCCCCUCCACCUGUGGCCCAGACUCCGGCCCACCAUCACACAUCAGGUCCAGGGCUCCACCUGAUGGCCUUGAACCAGCCCCAGACUGGAGCCAUGCGGGGCAUCCGGGGUGCCGACUUCCUGUGCUUCACCCAGGCUCAAGCCAUCGGGAUGAAAGGAACCUUCCGGGCCUUCUUGUCCUCAAAACUCCAGGAUCUCCACAGCAUUGUCCGCAAAGCAGACAGGGACCGUGUACCAAUAGUCAACCUGAAGGAUGAGAUUCUGUUUGACAACUGGGACGCCAUGUUUAGAGGAGACAGAAUCAAAGAGAAUGUCUCAAUCUACUCCUUUGAUGGUAAAGAUGUUUUGCGUGACAGCACAUGGCCUGAGAAGAUGAUGUGGCACGGCUCUAGCAGCAACGGGCAGCGGCACGUCGACAGCUACUGCGAGACGUGGCGCGUGAGCAGCCCUGCACUCACCGGUACGGCGUCGUCACUGCAGAGCGGCAAUCUGCUGCAGCAGAGUUCCAGCAGUUGCUCCAGCUCCUACGCUGUGCUGUGUGUGGAGAACAGCUACAUUGGCCAGACCAGGAGAUAAACACACACACACACACACACCAUAACUGCCAAACCUCCUGUUUUCCCAGAGGAACUCCUUUUUAAUUUUAGUUUCUCGUAUGUUUACCCGAUUUUAACCGAAAACUUCUGGUGGAAGGACGAAAAACCACAAUUUCUCUUAUUUUCCCUCACUUUCUGGAGAACUGUCCCUUCUUUGCAAAUGCAGAUGUUGACAGGUAUGACGCACACACACGUACAGUACAAGAGAACCCUGCCUGGGACUAUAACAUGUUGUAUUUAGUGGUGCUACACAACAUUAUCACACAAUAUGUGAAACAACAAGCUAUACUGGAGGCUGCUUUGACAUUUGAAGUGGACUGCAGUCUAUGACUGCGGACAGAUUUGAACAUAUCUCAGCUCCAAUCAACAAGAUAACAACUAAUAACUGUUCAUUUUUUUGCAAUAACAUGGAUAUUUUGUGUGUGUGUUUUUUAUAAGCGUGGCUAUUCUUUUGACACUUUUGUCUGAUGUCUUGUCUGAGUUUUUACAAACAAAUUCCAAAUAUAUCUGGCUCAUGUUGACAUAUUUUUCGAUUGACUUAAUGCAGACCGAUGCAUUGAGAGCAGUAAACACGCUGCAGUUAUCCACGCCUUGUGGUCUUUUGUCACACUUGCACAUCAUCCAGUCAGCCCAUUUUUGGAACACAAGCGCUACCCCGGUUUUUGCUGGUUCCUGAAUGUCUGACAAAAACCAAAUCUCACAAAAACCAAAGCAAUUUCCCACAGGAAAUACUGAAAAUCGAAUGAAUCCGUUCCAGACAAAAAUGUGCUUUAUAGAGAUUCAUUAUAGUUUUACAUGCAGAAAAGAAUGCAAAAUAAUUCUAAAUGGAUACAUGAACAUUUAACAUCACUUUGAGGAGUGGAGAAGAAAUUCAAUAGUUUUUCACCUUCUUUAUCAAAUUGCUGACACUCGCAACUUUCUUUGGCCCCAUGGUAGGUUAUUUAGCAGUCGCGCUCAAUAAAACAUGCACGGACAGUGAGUCAGCAACAGGUAGGGUGGUUUGUUUGGGCACUGGAUUCCACAAAACAGUUAUGGUAGAGCAAACGGAAGGCAGUCAUCCCUCGCCACUUCGCGCUUCGACUGUCGCAGCUUCGCUCUAUCAUGGUUUCAUCAAAACAAUCAUUGCAGUUCCUUGCUGUUUUGCCGCUGAUUAUUAGUCCAAAAUAAGCAUCUUUAAGCAUAUUUUACGUGUUUUUGGCCUAGAUCGAGCAUUGUCAAGCAUAAAAAUGGUUAAAUUCACGAAAAUACAAAUAUAAGGCAUUCAGUAGUCAUACUGUAGUCACGCAUUCCAAGACGAAGGCCUGGGUACACGUGUCUAACGUAGCACCAUCAUCAUCAAGCUAGUUGCAGGAUUUUCACAGGUUAGUGGUUGUGUGGACGCCUGUGUGUGUAAUUAUAACGGGCAAGUACUUAAGUAUAACUAUACAAGCGUGGAGUAAAAGUAUCAAAUGAAACAAACCCAGAAAAACAGAAGUUUAAAAAGUUUAACAACAACAAAAAAAAAACAGCUGAAAUUUUAUGAGAAUAAAGGCAAAAUAUUAACAGAAAAAAGUCGUACUUUUACAUGAAUGAAUGAACUAAUAUCAUCAGAAAAAAUAAUGUCAUUUUAAUAGUAUUGAGUUGAAAUAUUCAAGAAAAAUGUUUUAUUUAUUUAAAGUCGUCAUAUUACGAGAAACAAAUAAAACAGAACAAAAGUUGUAAUUUUUGGAAAAUUAGGUUGGGGAAAAAAAGCCAUAAUAUUGCAGGAAAAAAAAUAAUUAAGAAUUAAGAGAAGAAAGUUUAAAUAUUUGGAAAAUGGAAAAAUAAAUAACCCACAGCCCAAAGUUCAUACUAAUGUGCAUUUUCACUUUUAUCACAAAAUUGAGAUGCAGGCUAUUUAAAAAAAAAAAAUCCCAUUUAUGAAUAAGGAAUCGGAUCUGGAACCAAUUAACCACGAUAAACGAGGGACGACUGUAGUAUGCUGCGCGUAAUAUUGUACGAUGGCCGAGACAAAACGCAGGCCAAAUUUUGACCAAAAAAAAAACAGGGUGUUUAAAAACCAAGGUUUGACUAUAUUUUGUGUCAACUGGUUUUGUUUUUGAAGGGACCACUCGUCACAUAACAUUUGCCACGUACAGUACCACUGAGCAUUCUUGCUACAAUUAUAUAUUAAAUGACAAAGCAGUUAACUUUCAUUAAAAUGUGAAGUGAGGUUCAUGGCCGGUGAGGCAUUUAAAAAAAAAUGUUAAUACAGAUUAUUUGUAUAUGAAGUACAUGCACCUUAUCCUUCUCCAGGAAAAGCUCUGAUACUUUAUUGUAUAAGUCUGAUCACCUUCUGUUGAGCUUGGAUAUAUAAUCCUCCAUCUUGGCGGUGAAAUCCAUUCAUUCCUUCAGCAGAGCCAUAAAAAUAUAUUUCCUCCACUUGCCUUGGUGCGGACUCUCGCUCUAGCUGACACCACUGCUGAUGAAUUUCAAUAACAUUGACUCUUUUUCCUCUCUUUGAAAGGACAGCUGCGACAUGCACCUGUUUAUUCUUCACAUUUGCUUUAUUUUUGUGUCCCACAUUAACCUCUUAAUGACUUGUUCUGUAUCAACUGACACUCGUUUUAGGAAGACAUCUGGGAAGUAUUCUAUUCAAGUCAUUCAUUUGACUUCAUAUUAUCGUAAAUAAAAAAACAUAGUACAACAAAUAAAUAAAGAGGCGUGCAAGACAAACCC